AUGGUCGACGCCUGCUGCUGCGACCGGACCGAGGCCGCGCAGAACGCGGGCCCAAGCUCGCACGACGGCGAGAGCUUGCGCCACGUCACGAGCGUCGAGUGUCUCUUCUGCCCGCGCUACAGCGUCGCCACGCUCCUGGGUGGCAUCGAGCGCCUCAUCUCGCUCCACUCGUCCAACCCCAUCGCCGACUACUGGAAGCGCCUCAUCCUCAACCCAGCCGCGAUUCGCCGCGUGUUUGGUGGCAUUGGCGUGCAUCAAACGCUGCGGCAGGACGUCGACUAUGGCAUCUACCGCGACCAGUACGUCUGCUUCUUUGUCGCGACGCGGCUGUACCCGGCGUACCUGACGUGGCACACACCCGCGCCAGCAACGAAGGAAGAGUGCAGCCGGCGGCCGUCGAGCCCCGAGGCUUCAACCGAAAAGAUCAAUGGUCGGCUGCGCGAACGUGCAGCCUCUGCGCCCAACUGGUGGGAUAUCAACAUCAAGCAAGGCCCGUCGCCAUCGACGUUCAAGUACCCGUGGACCGAGCUCUCGAUCGACGAGUGGUCCCACGCGUUUCUGGGCCUGUAUCGAUGCCUCUGGUGCAACGACCCACUCGACCCCAUCCUUCUCGGCUUCCUCAUCAAGAUGACCAAGACGUACGUCAUCUACACGCCCGUGCUCGACUUGCUCUGUCGCCUUGAAGUCGAUGGCGUCGCGUGGAGCGAACGCCUCUUGUAUCACUCUUACCUCGAAGACAUGGCGGUCUUGGUCCACGGCCUUGUGCACCUCGGAUACGCCGCCGAUGCGUCCCUCCCCUUUGCCACGUCGCUCGUGCUCGGGCUCCUCAAUUCGAUUGGGACUGCAUAUGACUUCAAGGCCGCGCGGGGCGUCGCCCACGGCAUGACGCAGGCGCGCAUGGCCAAUCACAGCAGCGUCCUCCACGGCCUCGUCACGGGCCAGUACCCGGACACGUUUACAUAUGUGCAGCGAGGCACGUCGCACGCCACGUCGUUCGAGGCCAACGCCGCGUACAUGCAGCGCGUCAUGGACGUCGAGUUGCAGGCGUGGGCGGUCGCGACGAUCCUAUCGCCGAAUGCGCUUCCGCUGCUGAGUCCUCUCCUCGACAUUAGCAUCGACGAGCUCCUCUUCUGGAACGUACACGCCGACAUCGCCAUGAACCCGACUCCGACCGUGUUUGUACUGGAUGUCAUCUCGGCGCUCCUCGAGCAAGUGCCGCCGACGGGUCUGGCCGAGACGGUUGUCCAACACCUCCAGCAGCUCGUGCCGAUGCUCACGACCUUGAUCCACAUUGCCCGCUACAACCGCAAAAUUACCUUUCUCGCGACCCAAGCGUCCUUCUCCGACAGCGAAGACGACGACGCCGACGACGCCGACGGAUGCAGCGUCGACGGUCGGCUCGACGGUCGCUGCGCUAGCGUCACAAGUCCGCUUAAGCGCAACUGGUCGGGCGCGCUCGACUGCAUUCCGCUCACGUCCAGUUAUCUCCUCCUCCAUGUGUUGCGCGCGAUCAAAGCCAUGAUUGCGGCAGAGCUUUGGGACGCGACGAUGGCCGACCACGACCUCGUCCCGGGGCUUCUCUCGCUCUUUGAGCUGCACCCGAACGCUAACCUGCUGCACAACGCGCUGCUCAGUAUAUUUCUGACGCUCCUGAACCGCCCGAACGGCAAAGCCAACAACAUACUGCUGCGAAGUGCCUUCCGCCACGAGCCACUCAACCUGCUGCAGUGCAUCGAGAAGGGUCUCGUCGCGCGCCACACGCCGUACCACGGCCACGUCGCUCGUCUCGGCAUUCGCGUCCACCAAAUCUGCAGUGCGCCGACGCUGCAGCAGGAGCUCGUGCGCCAGUACUGCCAGAAGAGUCCGACGUGGGCCGAGACGUCGAGCCGCCUCGUGGCCGAGCACUACAAGCAGACGGACGACGUGGCGAGUGCGUCGGGCAACCGCAAGCGCCUCGACUCGGUCGGGUCCGUCGCCAACGUCGUCGAGAAGGCAAGUGUGACGCUCCACGCAGUGACGCAGAGCCGCGAAAGCAGCAGCAGCCAAGCGUCGUGCCCGAUUACCGACGCGGACCUCGACGCGUUGGACGAUGCGCUCGUGAGUGAGGACGACGGCGACGUCGUCACGGGACACGUCUUUCAGCAAGUCGCUCUCGGGCAGUGGAAGAAAACGCACCUGACGCUGCACAAGAGCACGUGCUCGCUGCGCGCCGCGAGCGAGAAACCGGCGAGCAAGCUGCGGCUCUUCUCGCGCGGGAAGAAGUCGCCCGGCUUCUCGAUGGUCGCCUGCCAUGUGGCCGAGUGGAUGGUGUACGCCAAGCAGCCCAACGCGUUUGGCCUUCAGGUCGUCGGCUUUGAUACGAUCAAGGAGGUCGAUGUGACGCUGACGCUGGUGCUGCGGCAGCGCACGUCUCGCGACGCCUGGCUCCGUGCAAUUGCGUCGGCCAUUUUCAUUGCAACCAAAGGCGCCGACAUCAACGAGGAAGCGCACUUGCGAACGGUGCGCGCCAUGUACGAAGCGUCGAUUAACCCGUUUCUCUUCACGCUACCACCCGGCAGCAGCACCUUUGUGCUGCAGUGCGAAGUCCCGGAAGACGUUCCGUUCUGGGGCAAGUACGCGGGGCCGGCGGGCAUGGCCAAGUUCAAGGCGCUUGUCGACGCCGCGGUCACGGUGUCUGUGACGUCACUGCCCGUGCUCGAGACCAUUGGACACGCCGUCUUUGCCGAGUAUUCCGUCACCUUUGACACACGCACCAACGGCGUCCACUGCGUCUGCGUCUGCCGAGACAUUUACACGCUCGAGCGCGGCCUCCUCGUGGGCCUCACGCGGUCGCUCGUCGACGCCGAAAAGCUCGUUGCGAUUCUGUAGCCCUCGCUAACGUAAAGGAGUUCGAGUGUC